AUGAAAAAACUAUUUUAUUCGUCAAAGAAUUCUGAAACAUUAACUUCUACAUACUAUAACUUAAAUGAACGAAUUAAAUGGGAAACUCCAUUAUUAUUUUCCAAUAUUUUUCAUGCAUUUCAAACACUCUUUUCUACUGGUGAUUUAUUUUUUAGUUGCAAUGAUACUUUGACAAUGAUUACUGAACAAGCUCAAAAAGCAAAACAAAAUUAUGUUAUAAAAAAUGUAGAACCAAAACCAAAUGUAUUAUAUUGUGGUACUAAACUAAAAGAGAUAUUGGAAUCUGAAGGAAGACCUUAUUAUCAAUUACCUCGUAUAAUAGAAAAUAUACUAAUUUAUUUAUAUAAUAAAGGAUGUACUACUCAUGGAAUUUUUAGAGAAACUACUAAUGCUUCUAUUCGAGACGUUGAAGAAAUUUAUCAUCGAAUGGGUGUUACUGACUUUGAAGAUCUUCCACCUGAUGUUGUUGCUAAUGUAUUUAAAAAGUUUUUAAGAGAGAUGAAAGAAAAAGUAUUUCCAUAUGAAGUUUCAAUGUAUUUAUUAAAAGAAUGGCAAAAAGGAAGAGCAAAAACAAGAACAACUGCAGCAGAAAAAAGAAACAUUGUAUUAGAAGGAUUAAAGAUGAUGCCACCAGAAAAUGUGACAUUAUUAAGAA